UUAUUUUCCUCACUUCCCUUCUCUCGCAGAGUUGAGGGGCAUUGAUUGUGAAGAAGGCGACAGCGAUGGUGCUUUGGAGCAGCGGCGCGGAGCGGCGAGAUUUCCAGGUCGCGAUGCCGCAUUCUCGCCCAGGCGCGCAUUGCUAGAGGCAGGGAUUGCUGGAUUUCGGCCGUGGAGGAUUCCGGAAUGGAGCGCAGGCAGGGAUUGCAGAGAUUCUCUCGCUCCGGGGCGAGGCCGAGCUUUUGAUGCGCCCGGGGAGGGGAUUUCUUGCUCGCAUUGCACGAAAUAGGGGGAAUAUUUUGGAGUAGUGGCAUGCGGCAGCGCGAUUUCUCAGCGAUUUGCGGUGGAGCUGGUUUUAGGUCUGGGAAGGCGGCUCUCCUGUGGGGAGGGUCGCUCCACAGCCGCCGGAGAGGAUAAUGUAGGAGGAAGCGAGCAGCAAGAGUGGAGGAAUGGGGAGCGAGCAGUGAAUGGCGCAUCUAGCCAUGAGUUGUGGGAAUGCCGUGCUAGUGGUGCUGAGCUUGAGCGCUCUCUACAUUGCCGCUUCUCAAGGAGUUCUAAUUGGGGAGAGCGAAAUCGAGGGCUUGGGAAGACGCGCUACUGAUCAAACCGAGAAGACUCACUUCCGGCGGUUUCUCCUUUCUGGGCAGCACUCUCCAUCCUACCAAGUAAGCAUUGCCUCGGCUCCAACCACUGGGCACCAUCACCAUCGCCAUCAUCGUCACGAUCACGCUCCCGCACCAACACAUCGAGGUCACGGGGGAGUGGUUCCAGCACAAUCGCCACACCAUCGGCGUCAUGUCCACAUCCAGGCGCCAACUCCAGGCCCAGGCCCGUCCGUUUCUCCAAUGCCUCCACCUGGUAUUAUUCCUUCGUUGCCAGCACCGUCCACGGACUGUCACGAACGAUGCACAGAUCCAUUCACUUCAACUGCUGGUGAACCAUGCGGCUGUGUUAUUCCAAUGCUGGUGAGCCUUCAGCUUGGAGUGCCGCCUUAUGUGUUUUUCCCGCAAGUGUCAGAGUUGGCUUCAGAAUUGGCGGCAGGGACGUCGUUUUCGCAAAGCCAGGUGCGAAUUCUGGGUGCGAACACAGUGGAAAAUAACAUGGACGAAACAGAAGUUAAAGCAGAAUUAGUUCCUUUGGGAGCUGCCUUUGACAAUGCGACUGCUUUGCGAACAGCUCAUAAGUUUUGGAAUCACGAGGUUGGCAUUAGUGAGGACCGGUUUGGAAGCUACAGCGUCCUUUAUGUUCGAUAUCCAGGCUUGCCUCCGUCCCCUCCUUCGCCCGGUAGCAAUGCGGGAGGCCCUACAAGCUCUAAAAGUCCUUACGAACAACCACUCAGUGUCAAUGUAAAGAAGAGGAGGUCAAGGCCCGGCACUGGAACCAUAGCCGUUGUGGUGUUGACUGCUCUGCUUGCCGUUAUAUGCCUGGUAGCGGUGUGGUUUGCAUGGCGCUGCAAACAUGCCAAGCAACCUAUGAUGGUUGAACCCAUGCUGCCUGGCUCGUCUGUGACGAAGAAGUCAGGUGGAGGAUCCAUGCUCUCUAGCAGCAUGGCCAGCUCGACAUCAAUCUCUUAUGCGUCGAGCUUCACGCCUUAUACCGGCUCGGCAAAGACAUUUACUCUACUGGAGAUAGAACGGGCAACCAACGGGUUCAAGACGCAGAAUAUUAUUGGAGAGGGAGGUUUCGGUCGAGUUUAUCAUGGCAUUCUGGACGACAACACAAGAGUUGCUGUCAAAGUUUUGACUAGAGAUGAUCACCAGGGCGGCCGUGAGUUUGCAGCGGAGGUGGAAAUGCUGAGCCGCCUUCACCAUCGUAAUCUGGUGAAGCUUUUGGGCAUUUGCAUCGAAGAACACACACGAUGCUUGGUUUUCGAGCUCAUUUCAAAUGGAAGUGUUGAAUCCCACCUUCAUGGCAUUGAUCAAGAAACUUCGCCUUUGGAUUGGGAAACCCGUUUGAAGAUAGCUCUCGGUGCAGCACGCGGUCUGGCUUACCUUCACGAGGAUUCAAAUCCCAGAGUGAUACAUAGAGACUUCAAAGCCAGCAACAUACUGCUAGAAGAGGAUUUCACUCCCAAAGUGUCGGAUUUUGGGCUCGCAAAAGCGGCCUCUGACGAGAUGAGCACCCACAUUUCUACCCGAGUGAUGGGAACAUUCGGUUACGUCGCUCCAGAGUACGCAAUGACCGGACAUCUUUUGGUGAAGAGCGAUGUCUACAGCUACGGGGUUGUGCUACUCGAGCUACUGUCGGGCAGAAAGCCGGUCGACAUGUCCCAGCCACCCGGUCAAGAAAAUCUAGUGACAUGGGCAAGGCCGCUGCUCAACAGCAAGGAGGGACUGGAGAUCCUCGUCGACCCGGCUCUGAACAACGUUCCAUUCGACAACCUGGUCAAGGUGGCAGCGAUCGCCUCGAUGUGCGUCCAGCCGGACGUCUCUCACAGGCCUCUCAUGGGAGAAGUUGUCCAGGCAUUGAAGCUGGUGUACAACGACUCGGACGCCAGCGACGGUAUCAUGUCCGGCAAUGGCAGCAUGCACAGGGAAAGCCAGCAGCAGGAUGUGAAGUCGAGGAAUCCUUUCGUCGGCGGUGGUGGAACGUACGCAAACGGUGGUGGUGGUGACGACGAGAGAAUCAGCGGUGCGGCGAGGCACUGCCGAGAGAGUGACUCGUUCAUCAGCAUAGACUACGACUCCGGGACGUUUGGUGGAGAUCGGGCAGGGAGGCAGCAGGCACUGUCAAACUCGGAGAGUUUCAUCGUGGGGACUUUCGCGAGCCAGCAGCAGCAAUGCGCGUCAGCUCCCACUGCGGCGACAUCGAUCAAACCGAAGCGUCCAUGGUACCGAGUGAGAAACGCGGACAAUGGGACAGUGAGUGAGUCGGCGCUACUGCGGUACAAGCGGGGCGAUGCUAACAGGAACGACCAUAGUGACAUUUGGCUGCUAUAGUUUUUAGAGGGAGCGGUGGUGGUGGUGGUGGUGGCGGAGAUGGAAGGGAUGGAAGAUUGAUCAUUGAUUUACACAGGCUAGUCGGAUUCUUGCUCGAGAUGGUGGUUUCGAGCUCGGCUUCUCAUCGGCUUGGAUGUUCUUGCUGAAAGUGUUUACCACUGAAGUAUAGCGAGAUCACAGGGAGCAAAAGAAGGGAAGAUGGCGAGCUUGAGUUCCUGGCUCGGGAAACAAGCUCUCGAGAGUGAUUUGAUUGUGCGGACGCCAGGCAAGAUGAUGGUAGUGAGUUGUCUCUCGUUUUUUUGUAACAUAUUUCAUUUGACUAGAGUAUUAGGCUCCUUGAAUUUAAUCACUUGAUUAAAUAAUUCCAUUUGUUAUAUA